GGCAGUGCUGUGGCCAGAUGGUUGAGGGCAUUUGUCUUACUGACGCUUCUGAGAAAACUCACUCCACUGAAGCAAGGGCUUUUUAACCUAUAGCCCAGAGGGUGUGUGAGCUCCUAGAAGUUAUUUUACAAAAUCCCCUGUAAAUGUGCAUUUGUUUUUUCCUCUCGGAGGAUUGAUCGGUCUUAAUUAGAAUUGAAAGGGGAUGAUGAACUCAGAUAGUUGAGACCCAUGUGAGUUAGGACUGAAGGCUGCUGAGGUGAUAUGGGGCCAUCCAAAGAGAGUGGCCCAGGAGUUGAGAGUCCUGAGUUCUAAUCCUGGUUCUGCUUCUGGACUUGCAGUGUUCCCUUGGUCAGCAGGUACCCACCAGUUGACUGCAGAGGAGAGGAGCCAGAUGAUACUUGACCUUAAAGCAGCAGGAUGGUUGGAAUUAAGUGAGAGAGAUGCCAUCUACAAAGAGUUCUCUUUCAAAAAUUUUAAUCAGGCCUUUGGCUUUAUGUCCCGAGUUGCCCUACAAGCAGAGAAGAUGAAUCAUCACCCGGAAUGGUUCAAUGUGUACAACAAGGUCCAGAUAACGCUCACAUCACAUGACUGUGGCGGAGUGACCAAAAGAGAUGUGAAACUGGCCAAGUUCAUUGAAAAAGCAGCUGCUUCUGUGUGACUCCUGAAAUGCAUGUAGAAUCUUACGUACACAUCUGGCUGCAAUGGACAUUGAAGGCAAUUUACAUGAAUAAAUUAAGUUAUAAAUUUAGUUCACCUUUUGAACUAUCACAUUUUGUAAAAUCAGUGCUUAAAUAAAAAUGAUUUAAACUUGA